CAAGACUUGAUAUCUCGAAUGUUAUAAGGACGUCAAUGAUAUAAUUGCUGCUUAACUCGUGUAUUCACUUAAUUAAAAUCACAGACUAAAAGGGACCUCGGCUCACUCAAGCAGUAGUAAUGGGAAGUGGAACUUCAAAACCGCUCAAAAGAGGUCAUGUUAAAAAUAAACCAAUAUUUCACAGGAUCUCCUCUCCCCACUCCUUAAUCAAGUCACGGUAUGAUGUAGUGGUGAUAGGCUCUGGCUAUGGAGCAUCCAUCGCUGCAAGCCGCUGUGCACGAGCAGAUCAGUCCGUGUGCGUUCUGGAACGAGGCAAGGAGUGGUUACCAGGUGAUUUCCCAGAGACUUUCAAAAAAGCAUCGGAGCAUGCGCAAAUCAAUUUUGGUGGCAAGGGAAGAAAACUAGGUCAGCCUUCUGAUUUAUAUGAACUAAUUAUCACUGAUGACCUGACAGUGGUCCAAGGGUGCGGUCUGGGUGGGGGAUCUCUAGUGAAUGCCAAUGUGGGACUGGACGCAGAGCCUGGUGUGUUUCAGGACCCAGUAUGGCCAAAAGAGCUAAGAGACGACGUGGAUCAACUGCUGAGAAUCGAUCGGCAGCACUUUGUUGAUAUGAUAAAACCAACGCCAUAUCCAGACAAUUACCCACCCCUUCACAAACUUGACCGAAUGAAGGAUGGAUUGAGCAAGUUUGAUAUCGAGGACCUAGAUAAGGUGCUUUACAAGACUCCUCUUUACGUCACGUUCAAGGACAUGCCAUUGAAUCACGUUGGCAUCCCCCAACCUAAAUGCACAGCGUGUGGGAACUGUUGUGCAGGCUGCAAUGUGGGAGCUAAGAACACAUUGAAUUUUAAUUACCUGCCUGAUGCAAAGGCUCAUGGAGCUGAGAUAUUUGUGGAGGUAGAGGUGGUAUCUAUUCUUAAGUCCCAUAAUUCCACGGAUUGGAUUGUCAGUUACAAGAGGCAGGUUCCUGGAAGUUUCGAUCUCAACGAACAGUUUGUUCGUGCAACCUACGUAAUUCUCGGUGCUGGAGCUUUAGGUUCGACCAAGAUUCUUCAGCGCUCAAAGGAACGUGGUCUAGACGUGUCUGAUGAAAUUGGGAAACGGUUCUCUACUAAUGGAGACGCGGUCGGAUUCAGUUAUAACGGAGACAGAGAGGCAAAUUCCCUUGGGGUUGAGACUCGCCAAAUGGCGUCGGUCCAACCCCCGGGGCCGACCAUUGUCUCAGCAAUGGACUUCCGAAAAGUAAAUAACGAUAAUUUUGAAAAGAACAUUAUCAUCGAGGACGGCACACCGGCGUCAAGUCUUUCUGAGUUGUAUGCAUUUGGUGUUAGCUUUGCCGCAAAGGUGACAGGAGAAGAUAAGUUCCCUUCAAAUGAAUGGCUCGAGAAAGCAUUUCAGGAACUUCAGGGUAAAGGAAUCAACAACACCCUUUCUCUUCUCUGCAUGAGUCACGACAGUGCAUCUGGAGUAAUUUCUUUCGACAAUAAAAUCGACGACAUUGAUAUAACAUGGGACAGAGUUGGCUAUGAGAGCAACUUCAAGACGAUUGACCAAACAUUGCAAAAAAUAGUGCAUGGUCUUGGUGGGACGUAUGUGAGGAAUCCAUUUUGGUCAGAAACAUUGGGAAAAAGUGUCGUCUCGGUACAUCCAUUAGGUGGCUGUCCUAUGGGUGACUCUGGCAGAACAGGUGUUGUGAAUCAUGCCGGGCAAGUGUUUGACGGUAACACGGAUGAGUUGUUGGAAGGACUCUAUGUCGUCGAUGGAUCCAUAAUUCCUCGAUCGGUAGGCGUUAAUCCUACACUUACCAUUUCAUGCCUCGCCGAACGCUGUAUGCGACUUUUGGUGGAAAAAGAAGAAUGGAAAAUAGACUACGACUCCUUCAAGCCUCUCGGGCGCUUUGCCUCCGAUAAAGGAAAGCCUGGUAUUCGUUUUACUGAAAAAAUGGUGGGGACGUUUUGGCUCGCACAGAAAAACAAGACGGAAGGGGUACAUUGUGAGUUCACCGUGACUGUGCAGAGUAGCGACGUGGAGCACAUGCUUAAAUAUGACCCCGUUCACUCCGCCAAAAUGACUGGAACUCUGACCUGCGCACUGCUGUCAAACACGCCCAUGACAAUCAAUGAAGGCCAUUUUCAACUUUUGAAUCAGAGUACCGAACACAUCGACACAAAAGAGCUUUUGUACAAAAUGAUCCUCACGGGAUUUCGAGGCAAAAUAUUUUCCUUUCAUGGGAUCAAGUACGUGAAGAGCGACUCAUUUGGUGAAACAGGACUUAAGGAUACCACCGUUUUGUUCGUGACAGUUUACCAGGGAAAAGCUUUCUCCGGGAAACCAGUAGGAUACGGGAAGCUUUUUGUUACAUUGCCCAAUUUCCUGAGACAGCUGUCCAAUAUCGAGAUUACAAAUACCACCAGCAGGUAUGAACGGCUGAAGUGGACUGCAAAUCUGUACGCCUUCUUUCUUGGAGGUCUUUGGGAAAUUUAUAGCCCUGUUACGGCAAAGAAACGCCAUUUUGAUCUUCAUGCUCCUCCAAGAUUGAAAAGGCCUUUACGACUGAAUGGGAAACUGCCGGAGGUUUUCAAGUGCAUCACCAAAGAUAAAUAUGAACUACGCUUGACUCGAUUCCAAGGAGGAAAAAAGGGACCAGUGGUUGUGUUCCACGGAGUGGGAAUGAACAGCGGAAUUUUCCGCCUGGAUACAAUUGAAACAAAUUUCGUGGAAUUUCUUGUGGCGCACAGGUAUGAUGUUUGGCUUGUUGACUGGCGGACGUCCUGUGAUCUGGAAUGGACAGUUUACGAGGAUUACACUUUAGAUGACUGCGCUGCAUACGAUUUCCCAGCCGCUAUUGAUAAAGUUCUCGAAAUCACCAAGCAGACAACAGUUCAAGUCGUAGCUCACUGUGGCGGAUCGCUGGUGUGUUUUGCCUCCCUCCUGACUGGGGCUCUGGAGGGGAAAAUCAGAAGCUUGAUCAGUAGUCAGGUGGCUGCAAACCCAAUUCCAACCCAAGCCAAUAAACUGAAGGCCGGAAUUUACAUCCCGGGCACAAUAGAAGCUCUUGGUGUGGAUGGAAUCACAGUGGAUACUGACGAUUUCGUGUCCUUGAGUGAAAGACUCUUUAACAAGUUCACGGAAGGUGUCAACAAAGCAUUGCUCCCAUACGACGAGUUGUGUGAUAAUCCUGUGUGUCACAGGGCCACGUUUAUCUAUGGUCUUCAGUGGGAACACGAAAAUUUGAAUCCCCUCACCCACGACUAUUUGCAUGAGUUGUUUGGUCAUUUGACCACAAAGGUAGCCAAGCAGCUCACCCUAACGAUGAGGCAGCAAAAGUUGGUAUCUGCGACAGGUGAAGACAUCUAUUUACCAGAUCUGGAAAAAAAAGAUCGCGCUCGUUCGAAAACUUACAACCAGCAUAUGCAGAGGCUCAACAUACCCGUAUGCUUUAUUGUUGGAGAGAAAAACAGUUGUUAUCUGCCUGAAAGCACCCACAGAACAUUCAACCUUGUUAAAGAGGCCCACCCCGCACAAGAAUAUACUUGGAUCCAGAUCCCCGGCUAUGGCCAUCUGGAUUGCAUUAUUGGCAAGGCUGCAGUCCACGAUGUUUACCCUUGCAUACUCAAGGCUCUAGAUACGCAUGCUCAGGAUAACACACCUCUUGAUGAGAUUGCAUUUGAUGGAGUUAAAAAAGCAGUGUCUUCUUUAAAGUCUAAAGUUUGUCAAACUGACGGGCCAAAGGCUGAUCCAAUGACAAUCCCCACCCUACCAGCAGAAAUGGAGGAGUCCUACUUAAAUGAUGAUGCAUCGGACGACGAGGAACUCCCCUAUCCUGCUGCAGCCAGUGACGUGAUGAAUCCAGUUGAGGUGAAAAGUAUCUGGGACUCGAUGGAUCAAAUAACCCCUUUACAAGCUUGGCAGAUGUGGCCUUCCAAGUCGACCAGAAAGAGUCGGGUAAAGAAUGAGCCGAGCUAUCAUCCACCAAAGGGAACAGACAUUGAAAAGGUGGAGGUUCGAGAGAUGCAAAACCCAAGCGAUCCAGCGAAGAACAUAAUCGUAUCAAUGAGUGAUCUACAUCUUGAUAGUUACUGGAGUAAGAACAUGCACGAAAGACUCAGCACUUUUCUUAAAAAGUUGGGCAGUGUGGCUGAGGUUUCAAUUCAUACCUUAAUCCUUCUCGGUGACGUUCUUGAGAUGUGGCUGGACCCAAUAACUCUUACACCGCCAACACUCCAGGAGAAAAUCGCAAAUUGGAAAAAGAACGAAACUUGCAGCCUUUUCUUCAGCAUCGUGCGGAAAAUGGCUGAGGAAGAUGGCGUCAAGGUUUUCUACGUUAGAGGCAAUCAUGACCAUGAGAUUACUGCUGGCGCAGUGGAAGAGCUGAUGGGAAACAAGGUUGAAUUUAUCGAAGGAACGCUCAUCUACGUAAUCAAUAGUGAUGAUGGGCAGCAAUAUAGGAUACGAUUCGCUCACGGUCAUGACUGGGACCUUUUUAACACUUAUGCCUUAACUGAACCGAAUGAUCCUCUUGGAGGAAGACCCGUCGGAUAUUAUGUCUCGAGGGCAGUGGCUACUGCAAAAACAGUUAUGACUGAGACUGAAGAGGUACUCAGAGAUGUGACAAAAGCGCUGAUGCAAAUGGUAGAUGGACGAUUGGGGUCGGCUGUUGUUCAGAUGCUGGCGAAAGGUCCUUUGCAAAAGCGAUUCACCGAGACGAUGAUUGAGCGGGGCGUGGGUCGAGACGUCAACAAGAAUGAAUGUAUUCUUUUACAAGAGGGAAAAUGGAUAAAGAUGGAAAACUUUCUGAAAUACCGGUAUUUUAAACGAGCAAUUGACAAGUUUGGCUCUAGUUACACAUUCAGCCUCUUGAAGGGAGCUGUUGGAAACUAUGACGACUUCUUGAGUCAAUGUGGUGAGGAUGUCGUUGUUUUUGGACAUACCCAUAUAUGGCGAGGCCACAGCAUCAAGAGCAGAAUCGGGAAAUCAAUUUACGUCAACACAGGAUCAUGGAUAGACCAUGCACAUGAGUUUUCAUACGCAAGAAUAACACCUCCACGAAAAUCUGUCCCUGGAUGCGUUCAAGUCAGAAGAGAUUUGCUGGACCCUGACGGCAUCGUGUAGUUAUUAGGGAACUUAAGCAGUCACGAGGGCAACGCCACG